CUCCGCCUUAUCCCGCCGCCGCUGGAUUGGACGGAGCAGAGCGAAGAUGUCGUCGUUAAUCCGCCGGAAAAGAGCGCCGGAAAUCGAGAAGCCGGAAGCGUCGAUUUCGAGGCCGAGCAGCUCGGAUGACGAGAGGAAGAAGAAGAGCAGGCCGCCCAGGGUGCCGAGAGGCAAGGGCGAGAGGAAGCGCAACUGGUCCUGCCUCGACAGUUGCUGCUGGUUCGUCGGAUGCAUCUGCACAGUGUGGUGGGUUCUUCUUUUCCUCUAUAAUGCGAUGCCGGCCUCGUUCCCGCAGUACGUCACGGAGGCGAUUACAGGGCCGGCGCCUGAUCCUCCCGGCAUCAAGCUGCGAAAGGAAGGGUUGAAGGCUAAGCAUCCGGUCGUCUUUGUUCCAGGGAUUGUCACUGGUGGGCUUGAGCUCUGGGAGGGACAUCAGUGCGCCGAGGGGCUGUUCCGGAAGCGCCUCUGGGGCGGCACCUUCGGCGAAGUGUAUAAAAGACCUUUAUGCUGGGUGGAACAUAUGUCACUAGACAAUGAAACUGGGCUAGAUCCAUGUGGAAUCAGGGUUAGGCCAGUUACUGGACUGGUUGCUGCAGAUUACUUUGCCCCGGGAUAUUUUGUGUGGGCAGUUCUGAUUGCUAGUUUGGCUCGAAUAGGAUAUGAGGAGAAAACUAUGUAUAUGGCUGCAUAUGAUUGGAGACUUUCAUUUCAGAACACUGAGGUCCGGGAUCAAUCACUAAGCCGCAUAAAAAGUAAUAUAGAGCUGAUGGUUGCUACAAACGGGGGUAAGAAGGCAGUAAUUGUUCCACAUUCAAUGGGUGUUCUGUACUUCUUGCAUUUUAUGAAAUGGGUGGAGGCACCGGCUCCAAUGGGUGGUGGAGGUGGACCAGAUUGGUGUGCCAAGCAUAUUAAAGCUGUAAUGAACAUUGGUGGGCCGUUUUUAGGCGUUCCAAAAUCUGUUGCUGGACUAUUCUCAGCUGAAGCAAGGGAUAUUGCUGUUGCCAGGGCAAUAGCACCAGGUGUUUUGGAAAAGGAUAUAUUCCGCAUUCAAACACUACUGCAUGUUAUGAAGAUGACAAGGACGUGGGAUUCAACGAUGUCAAUGAUACCAAGAGGAGGGAACACAAUCUGGGGUGGUCUUGACUGGUCUCCUGAGGAAGGCUAUUCUCCUUGCAGGAGAAAACAUAAAAAUAACACUACCCAGAUUUCAGGUCACGAUGGGAAUCUAAAUGUGGAAUCUAAUGCAAGUAAGGUGACAUAUGGAAGGAUGAUUUCAUUUGGAAGGGAUGCUGCCAAGGCAGAUUUAUCAGAGCUAAAGAGGAUUGACUUCAGAGGUGCUGUUAAGGGAAGAAACAUUGCAAACAACACCUGUCAGGAUGUGUGGACAGAGUACCAUGAAAUGGGAAUUGGCGGGAUCAAAGCAGUUGCAGAAUAUAAAGCCUAUACAGCGGAUGACCUUCUGGAUUUGCUUCAAUAUGUUGCACCAAGAAUGAUGGCACGUGGUAGUGCUCACUUUUCAUAUGGGAUUGCUGAAAAUUUGGAUGAUCCAAAGUAUGAGCAUUAUAAGUACUGGUCAAAUCCAUUGGAAACAAGGUUACCAAAUGCCCCUGACAUGGAGAUCUAUUCAAUGUAUGGAGUCGGCAUUCCGACUGAAAGAGCAUAUGUUUACAGACAAGUCCCAUCUGCGGCAGAAUGCGACAUACCAUUUCAGAUUGAUACUGCAGCAGAUGAUGCAGAUCUAGGAAACUGCUUGAAUGAUGGUGUUUUUACUGUUGAUGGUGAUGAGACAGUUCCUGUUUUAAGUGCAGGGUUCAUGUGUGCAAAAGGAUGGCGUGGGGAAACUAAAUUUAAUCCUUCCGGAAUUAAAACUUACAUAAGGGAAUACGAACAUGCUCCCCCAGCGAAUCUUCUUGAAGGUCGUGGCACCCAGAGUGGUGCCCAUGUAGAUAUAAUGGGAAAUUUUGCUUUAAUCGAAGAUGUAAUGAGGGUUGCUGCUGGUGCAACAGGUGAAGACUUGGGAGGUGAUCAAGUUUACUCGGGCAUCUUCAAGUGGUCUGAAAAAAUUAACUUACCUCUUUAAGACGGUGAGUGUGCUGUUGUAUCUAGAAUUUAUUCGUCUCAAUCUGCUAAUUUGACAUUCAUGAUUCUGAGUUCAUAGUCUGGUGAUGCUCACUACUGGAUGGUGAAAGUGUUGCAUGAUAAGAUGCUCGCUGUUAUGUUCUAUAGCAUCAUGUAAAAUGCACCAGGCACCAGCAUCAUUUUAGACUUCCUGGAACUGUAAAAUGCACACAGCCGGUUAGCACAUGUCAGAUGUUCCGUUCUUGUUCUACUGCUCUCAUUGUUUGUUGUCUGAUAUGGCAAUUGUGCAUUGGUUUUGAUUUUAGAGGGUUGAGACUACUAAAAUAAAAAUUUGCCAGAAAUACUGUAUGGUGGUGGUCUGCUGUCUGAAAUCUGCUGCUCCUGCUCAUCUCUGGCCAAGAUGAUGGAUGGAGUGUGAGCUUAAAUCUGCAUUUUCUCUUAUGUAACAAAGCUCAUGUCUAAAUUGUUGUACUUUGACUAAACCUGGCUUCAAAUGUUCAUACAGUAUUAGCUAGUGAGCAGUUGAGCACUGAGAAACUAUGCAGUGCUGCAAAUGAUUUCUGUGGUUUCUGUUACUGAACUCUGAACACUAUAUUCAACCAUCUCAUUACUUACUGAGUCA